AUGACUCCGAGGAAUACACCUCAGCCCAAGAAGGCCCCUACCAAACAGCGACGGGAUGCGGCAAGCUUUGAUGGAAACCACAAGUUCCUACUGCACUGCCUUACUCUGUCAGGUGCCCGAAUCGACUACGCUGCCGUUGCCAAAUGUGAGGGAAUCACGGUGCAAAAGGCCCGAUGGCGCUUUUGGUGGCUCAAGUCGCAUCUAAGCAGCCAGGAAAAUGCUACUCCUGAUGCAGGCAUUGAGAGGAAGAAGCAGGGUCGGGCACAGAAGAAUAAGCAGAAGGAUAAGCAGAAGGAGAACGAUGCUAACGAGAACAACUAA